AAGCACGCUCUUUGGAGCUUUCUUCACUCUCAGAGAUUUCAAGACAUCUUUAAUAACAAAGGACAAGAAAAGCCAGCAAAACAAAAUGAAGUUGCUGCUGCUUGUGGUUUGCUGUAUGAUUUCCACAUCACUAGCUGGUCUGAUUGACAAAGAGGCUAAACUGGAAACUGUGCUCAAUGAAGUUGAAGAGAUAUUGCAAGACCUGAAAGCUGAUGAUGAUAAGCCUCAUCCCGAACCAAUUGGAGACAUUCAAAAACUUGAGUCGCUGAUCAAUGAUCGUGAACUUCAGAAUGGAGCAGAUAUCGAGGGAGAUAUUUCACCAAAGCCAUCCCACGAACAAGACUCACAAGGUGAACUUCAGAAUGGAGCAGUUAUCGAGGGAGAUAUUUCACCAAAGCCAUCCCACGAACAAGACUCACAAGGGAGUCCUGCCACCAUGGAGGAGAUGUUGCUUCACACUGAAAACAUUGACGAGGCAACUGCUGAAGUGGAAGCUGCUGGGGGCCACAUUCUACUCCAACUUGGUCACAACCUCUUGGUUGCAAAUGUCCCCUCUCAUGUAGCCAAGCAGAAUAGCUUCAGUCAAGCUUCAGCCCAUAUUCCGAGCUCAGCAUCAGCAGAAACUUUAAGCCAUGCUAAUGCCUACUGGAUGUCAUGAGAAGAUGAGCUGAAACCACAACCAACGAUUCAAAAGUGGACAGAAAAAACGGCUCCAAUGGCCUUUAAACGAGAAGAUUCAGACGAAGAUUUUCAGGGAGAUGCACCCUACCGCCAAACCAUGACUGGGAAGAUUGCCGUUCUAAUUUUUAUUUCUUCCGGUCCUGGUAGGUUAGCAAUAAGCAAUAGGGAGAAAAAGAAGAUUAUAAGUGAAUGUCUAGCAGGACUUAAAUUCUGGUCAAACCAAGCUCGGAAAAAUGGGGUUAGGUUGUCGUUUGUGAUGUAUUAUGGGAAGGCAAGAAUCACUGCUUCCAACCCAACCUCUUGCUCUAGCUAUGCAUCUUGCCACGACAAGUUUGCUAAUCCUACACUCAAAGCUUUUGGUUUCCCAGCUGGUAAAGCUGGAAGGAACAGAGCAGCACAAUAAAUUAUAUUAAAAACCGUGGUCGUGCUAAUGGUGCUUUCCUUGGUUUCUUCUCCAAGUACAAGCAAAGCCAUUUCGCAUAUGCUUACUUUGGUGGCGGACCUUUGUACAUGCAGUACAGCAAUGACGGUUGGGGGACCAAUCAGAUUGACAGGGUUUUCGCUCAUGAAAUUGGACA